AUGGGGCAGCUCAUGGGGCCGGUGCCAGUCCCGGGCACGGCUGGGUGGCAGGACCCUCCCACUGCUCCCAGCCCCAGCAUCACCCACAGUGCGGGGCACUGGGAGCCGGGCCCCAGGCGCCCCUCCGGCAUCCUGCACCGGCUGGCCUGGCUGCUGCUGGGACUCAGCGUGCUAGGGCUGAGCCAGGGCCAGCUGCAUGGCGAGAAGGGCAUCUCCAUCCCGGACCACGGCUUCUGCCAGCCCAUCUCCAUCCCACUCUGCACCGACAUCGCCUACAACCAGACUAUCAUGCCCAACCUACUGGGCCACACCAAUCAGGAGGACGCAGGGCUGGAAGUGCACCAGUUCUACCCACUGGUCAAGGUGCAGUGCUCGCUGGAGCUCAAGUUCUUCCUCUGUUCCAUGUACGCGCCGGUGUGCACAGUGCUGGAGCAGGCCAUCCCACCAUGCCGCUCCAUCUGUGAGCGGGCCCGCCAGGGCUGUGAGGCCCUCAUGAACAAAUUUGGCUUCCAGUGGCCUGAGCGGCUUCGCUGCGAGAACUUCCCCCGGCACGGUGCUGAGCAGAUCUGCGUGGGGCAGAACCACUCUGAGGAUGGUGGCUCACCGGCACUGCUCACCAGCGCCACACCGCUGGCCGGCCAGGGCACCCCAGGCGCUCCCCGUUACGCCACCCUGGACCACCCCUUCCACUGCCCGCGGGCACUCAAGGUGCCCAGCUACCUCAACUACAAGUUCCUAGGCGAGAAGGACUGUGCAGCACCCUGCGAGCCCACCCGUCCUGACGGCCACAUGUUCUUCAACGAGGAUGAGAUCCGUUUCGCCCGCAUCUGGAUCCUCAUCUGGUCCGUGCUGUGUUGUGCCUCCACCUUCUUCACUGUCACCACCUACCUGGUGGACAUGCAGCGCUUCCGCUACCCCGAGCGGCCCAUCAUCUUCCUCUCUGGGUGCUACACCAUGGUGUCAGUGGCCUACAUUGCUGGCUUCGUGCUAGAGGAGAGGGUGGUCUGUAACGAGCGCUUCCAGGAGGAUGGGUACCGCACGGUGGUGCAGGGCACCAAGAAGGAGGGCUGCACCAUCCUCUUCAUGAUGCUCUACUUCUUCAGCAUGGCCAGCUCCAUCUGGUGGGUCAUCCUCUCCCUCACCUGGUUCCUGGCUGCUGGCAUGAAGUGGGGUCACGAGGCCAUCGAGGCCAACUCGCAGUACUUCCACCUGGCCGCCUGGGCUGUGCCAGCCGUCAAAACCAUCACCAUCCUGGCCAUGGGGCAGAUCGAUGGGGACCUGCUAAGCGGUGUCUGCUUCGUGGGCCUUAACAACAUCGACCCGCUGCGGGGCUUUGUGCUGGCCCCACUCUUUGUCUACCUCUUCAUCGGCACCUCCUUCCUGCUAGCUGGCUUCGUGUCCCUCUUCCGCAUCCGCACCAUCAUGAAGCACGGUGGCACCAAGACAGAGAAGCUGGAGCGCCUCAUGGUGCGCAUCGGCGUCUUCAGUGUCCUCUACACCGUCCCUGCCACCAUUGUCAUCGCCUGCUACUUCUACGAGCAGGCUUUCCGCGAGCACUGGGAGCGCAGCUGGAUCAGCCAGAACUGCAAGAGCCUGGCCAUCCCCUGCCCACUGCAGUUCACGCCGCGUAUGACCCCGGACUUCACUGUCUACAUGAUCAAGUAUCUCAUGACUCUCAUCGUGGGCAUCACGUCAGGGUUCUGGAUAUGGUCGGGCAAAACGCUGCACUCGUGGAGGAAGUUCUACACGCGGCUCACCAACAGCAAGCAGGGCGAGACAACGGUGUGAGCCGCCCGGACGUGGUGCUCGCGGGGCCGUCCCAGCGACCUUGGGGCUUUCUUUUUGGGGGGUCGAUUUUUUUUUUUUUUUAAGAUUCAUUAACGUCUAAGGGGUGUCUCUCUCUCGUUUAUUUUUUUUGUAAUUAAACCUGUAAAUAGCAUUUGUAAAUUUAAUUAUAUAUUUCUAUUUAAAACAAAACCAAAAAAAAGAGAAAAACAGAAAAACAAGCUGAGAGCACGAAGAGGCCGGGCUGGGAGCGGCGUCUCUUCCUCCCUCUCUCCCCUCUUCUUUUUGCUACUUAGGGUUUGAGGGGGGUUUCUGCCUUCCCUCUCUUCUCUCUGACUUGGCAGCAGCUCCGCUCGACAUGGAGCCAUAGAGACG